AUGACGUCCGAAUUCAUCCUGUCGAAGCCCUUCUGGAACGUGGCCAACACGCUGGUCCUGCCGGUGCUCUCUGACGACAACGGCGACGGCAUCCCCAAGCUGCGCUCCCUCGUCUCGCUCUCCCUGCCCAUCACCAUCUUCCUCGACUCUAUCCUCGGGGAACCGCCCUCGGCUGCCGGCGGUUCCCGAAGCCUCGGCGAGGACCAGCUCAACAUCUUCCACUCCAUCGAGGACUCGCUGGCCAGCCUGGGAGUGGAUGGGCGGUCGUGUCUCCUGCGGCUCAUCUGCGAGCUGCAGGGGAACGCCAUCGGGAGGUACACCGUGGUCGGGGAGCUGCUCACUCUCCUGUUCACGCCGAAACGUGGAAUGAAUGACUUCCUGCAUGACUACAUCGAGGCAGAGGACGCCGGGAGAGACGGGAGCGACUGUGCCUCCAGAUACCAGGCCUGUCCCUUCUCUCUGACGGGGACGCUCGAGAGGUACCGUCGGUAUAUGGAGCCAGCCUUACUUUUCCAGAGCGUGUCCUCGAUCGAAGACAAGCCGGCGGAGGGCCACGGGCCUUUCGCAAACACGAUCGGGAACGACCACUUCGCUCUCCCGAAGGUCGUCGUCAACUAG